UCCUAUUGCUAAUACUCUUCAAUGCUGAAAUGAGUUUUGAUUCAUAUGCCUGUAUCACUGGAUGAUCACUGAUGUGGACUCCACCAAUAAAGUUUAAAGAACCUCUUUAUGGUCUCUGUAAAAGGGAACUGGAUCCGCUUUUAAGAAUGUGGAGUGAGACGGAGGGUUUUCUUUGAAUGCUGCCACAAAUUCUAGCAGAGCUGUUGCUAGGGUACCAAAAAUUUUAUAACCUAGUAUUGUAUACCUUCAUGAAAUAGAAUAGAAUUUCAGCUUCGACAGAGAACACCCACAGUGGAAUCAAGUUUAGCUAGCUAGGUCUGAUCUUUUUUUUUCAACAAUAAACUUUAUUUACAACUAUGCAAGGGACAGGAAUGCAGUCCAAUUAGGAGAAAUGUACAGUGUAUUGAUUUUUCACAUAUUCGACAUUAACCAUGCCAAGGUGUGAGUGCUCUUGCUAUGCUGUUCUAUAUUCCCAAUUAUAUGUCAAUGGCUGGACUUACAAGCUGGCCGUCUUUCUUUUCUUGUUGUACCAGCGCCAUCGUUUUUCGAGGAACUCCCGGACCAGGCCGUUUCUCUUGGUCAGUCAGUAAUAAUGUCCUGCAGAGUUACUGGCCACCCACCCCCUGAAAUUCGUUGGUAUAAAGAAGGCAGUCAGUUCCAGAGCAGCAGUCGCAUCUUGUUGUCAGCGAUACCCAAAGAAUGCCACACAUUAACUAUCGUAUCUGCGGAAGAGGAGGACCUGGGCAGUUAUAGAUGUGUUGCGACCAACCCAGGAGGUGAAGCAUCCACCUCUUGCACGCUCAUUGUGUCUGAGCUCCCCACCUGCCCCGCUGUUCCUGAAGUCACCCAAGUGGACGGUGAUGGGGCUCUGCUGCUCUGGAAACCUGUAGAGUCCAGUGAGCCUGUCACCUACAGCAUCCAGUACAGGACAGAAGGAGGUGAAUGGAGGACACUUGCUGAGGGAGUAGCAGACAGUUGCUACACUGCCAGCAAGCUCUCAGUAGGAGCAGUGUACUCGUUCAGGGUAGCCUGUGUGAACAAGGCUGGGAUGGGACCCUACAGUGAGCAAUCAGCAGAAACAACCAUCGGAGAGGAACAAGAAUGGCACAUUCCCCUUAUUCACACCAUUCCGUCAAGGGCUGAGGAUGAAGACAGCAAACCAGAGUCUCGAUUACCCCUCUUUCCCAUGCACGAAAGCUACACUUUUCUGUCUGAGAUAAAUAGAGGUCGAUUCAGCAUUAUAAAACAAUGCAGGGAUGAGUUCACUCAAAAGCUUUUUGCUGCUAAAGUUACACCCUAUAAUGCAGAUAAGAGACACCUGGUGUUGAGAGAGUAUCAUAUAUUAAAGAGGCUGCGGCACACCCAUGUGGUCCAGCUGCAAGCAGCCUUCAUCACCCCCAAAUACCUGGUCCUCAUUGAGGAGCUGUGUGCAGGACAGGAACUGCUACACAACCUAGCAGAGAGAGACUCAUACUCUGAGCUGGAGGUGAGAGAGUUUCUCCUGCAGAUUCUCAGUGCUGUCCAGUAUCUCCACUCAAACCACAUCCUCCACCUCGACUUGAAGUCUGACAACAUGGUUGUCAAUGAGAACAACGUGCUGAAGAUUGUGGAUUUCGGCUGUGCGCAGGCGUACACUGCGGGAAAGCCUCUGAUAGUAGAGAAGAUUAAAGAACAGUCUGAAAACAGAGCUCCAGAAAUCCUGGAAGGGAAAGGAGUUGGACCAGAAACAGACAUUUGGAGCAUUGGUGUUUUAACUUUUGUCAUGCUGAGUGGAGACUGGCCCUUCGCUUCAGACAUAGACUGUGAAAAAGAAAAGAACAUAAAGAUAGGAAAGAUCAAAUUUGGGAGAUGCUACCCGGGCCUGUCCGAGGGAGCCGUGCAUUUUGUGAAGUGCAGUCUGAACAAUAAACCCUGGGGAAGGCCUUCUGCAUCAGACUGCAUUGUGUUGCCAUGGCUAUGUGGAGAUCAAGCCUCUAAACAGCGGCACUCUGUUGUCUCCUUCCCAACUGCAAAACUCCACGGCUACCUGAGGGAGCGAGAGAAGAGACGGUCAUACCAUUGCACCAAACUGGAGGUCCCAAUCCAGUGACACUUCAGCAUGGGAAGUGGCCAAUCAAUAACUCUCCUGGAUGGUCUGAUGUAAAACUGCUAGAUUAAAGAGAAACUGAGUUUCUCUCUUGUUUAAAGAUGUACCUCAUACCCUUAAUAACCGUUUUCCUACCUUUCAUUUACUAACAUUAUAUUUCUCUCCUUGUGUGUAAUGGAGUGAAUAAUAUCACCACGUGGUAAAGAGUGUAAAUUUGCAUAGACAGCCAUUUAUCUUUUGGAAUCCUUACCUCAGUGCUAAAGUUUUCUAACUGUGGAACCAUGCUGAUUGAGAUUUCAAACACAAAACUGUUUUCUGAUCUGACCUCAAUAAUAAAGACUGGAUGUUAAAUUAAA